AAUGUACCACAUAUGCCAAAGAUCUCACUGCAUAAUUGCCAAGAUUAUAAAAAAGCUAUAGUGAAAGCCGCUCAAGAUGCUAUAAUAGAUUCUUCAAAACCAAUCCAAUUAAUUAUAUGUAUUAUUCCAAAAAAGCAACAAGAAGAAGAUUGUUUAUACGCAAAAAUAAAGAGGAUUUGCUAUUUAGAAUUAGGCAUUAUGAACCAAUGCGUUCUUACUAAGUGCCUUAAAGAAAAUCGUAGAUUAAGACAAGUUUUUAACAAUAUGGCUUUGAAAAUAAAUGGUAAACUCCAAGGCAAAAAUUCUCGUUUGGCCGAUGGUUUACUUGAUUUCAAGGCAGAAAGAGCUCAUAUGGUAUUCGCUGCUGAUGUUUAUCAUCCAAGCAAAGAAGAUAAGAAAAAAGGCCGACCUAGUGUUCCUGCAGUUUGUGGUUCAAUGAAUGACAACCUAACAGAAUAUUCCUGCCGUUAUCGUAUGAAUGAAAAGUUAAGACACGACGUUGAUAUUAUAGAGAACCUUAAUGAAAUGGUUUUGGAAUUAUUUGAACAACGUAAAGUUAGAGGAGGUCCACUUCCAGAUCAAAUCAUCUUCUAUCGAGAUGGCGUUGGAGAAACGCAGUUCGAAACCGUUAUAACAGAUGAAUUGGAACCCUUACUUGUGGCUCUUGAAAAGUAUUACAAAUCUGAAAAUCUGCCACCACCAAAGUUAACAUUUAUGAUUAUACAAAAACGACAUCAUGCCAGGUUUAAACUACUUAAUGGCGAGAAUUGUAAGCACGGUACUGUAGUCGAUACUGAGAUCGUUAUGAGUCAAGAGUUUAGUUUCU